CAAACAUUCAAAGUCCCAAAAGACAAAAGGAGACAAAUUGGCAAUUGAAUUGUGCACUUUGAUUUUUAUACACUCACACGCAUAGACACACAUUGGCUCGACCCUCCACUAACAUAAUGUCAUCUUCGUCAUUACAAAUUGGGUCCGAGCUUGUGCCUUCAGUCCCGGGCUCCAGGGCUCCUUCAGCGGCCCCGACGCCAAAGUCCAGCUUUAUCUUCGCCGAUCAGCUUGCUGGAUCCACAAAGGAUCUGAGCUACUCCUUCAUCAACUCCGAGUUCCUUGAUGACGUUGACAUGGAAUUGCCGAGGGGGUUCAGAUCAACAGCUCAAACCUACAAGACCACCUCAACAAGCGCAUUCCGUAACAUGACCUCCACACCAAGGUCUCAUCACCCGACUUCGCUGCCAAAGUCAUUACCAAUAGACUGGAAUCUGUUCAACAAGCAGUUUGAACUCAACCAGAAGCUCAAGUUAUCGAAGCUGAAGCGUAAGAGGACGGUGUCUGAGGAGUUUGAGAACAACUUCGAGAACUUGCCCUACCAUGUCAUCGACUUCAUCUCGGAUUGUGUGGAAUCGCAGUCUGACUUGAUCAACUGGAGUCAGACAUGUCGGUUCUUCAACAGGAUGGUGAACAAGAGAUUGUACUCGCAUGUCAUCCUGGUUGACAACAUCAGCGACCGUUGUAAACACUACGAUGGUAAGUAUACGCUGGUUGACUCGAAAAACUAUCCCAAGUUCCUUGCAUCGCUCUGUGCCAAUGACGAGCUCGUCCCACUCGUGAACGAGAUUGUCAUUGACACUUCCUCAAACCACUCCAGUUAUGACUCCCUCGAUGAGAACAUCUAUGCUGCGUUGUACGACAUCUUCUUGACUCAGAACAACAACUUGGAUGUGUUGCAGAACUUGGAUUACAACAACCUGAAGAAGUUUGAUUCGUUGUUGAACUACAACAGAGCUCAUUUGAUCAAACACAACUAUAACAAAUAUACCGAUUACUACCAUGAGUCGGAAAAUAUGGAGGAUCUCAUUCGUAGAGAUCUCCUACAUUUGACAAACUUCCAGCUGCUUGACUUGAACGACAUCAACAGGUUACCGGUUUCAGCGAAGGACGUGUCGUUUGCCCUCGAGCACGAAUUCCAACGGAAUGCUAAGUUCCAAUUGACACUGGCAGGCUGGGAUACUUUGCAAAGACUAACAACGUUGAAGCUACACACUCCUUAUGCAUUUGAUCAGUUCCUCAAAGAGGCCUACAGGUUCCGUAAUUCCGAUACUUAUCAACGUCUCGGAAACAUUACAACGCUAUCCAUUGCAAACAUCCAUAAAGUUGACGACCGUAACCAAGAGUCUCGUCUUAGUUUCCACAAGUUGAACUCAGUUAUUGACCUCUCAAGAGUUGAGGCCUUAGAGUUGAAGUUGAAAUGUCAUGAAAGAGUCCAGUGCAACUAUUGUAUCAUGCAGUUCAUGACUGAUUGGUUCGAGGAGCUUUUAUCCAAUGAUCAUUCGAAUUUGAAGAAGUUAUCUCUCAUCAGUUUGCCUCCAAGUUCAAACUACAACGUCAACACUCAAUGGGAUUCUAUCCUUUGUAAUGCUAACUUCUUGGAAAAACUAGGCGAGAACUUGGAGUUCUUCUUCAUCAACCUCAACGAUUUCCCAUACAUGCCAAUCUUUGAAAAGACCAGUGCCCAAGAAGUCCAGGACUCCUUGAAACUACCCAUCAAUGAAAGCAUCUUGAAGAUAAGAAAGUUGAUGUACACAAAUAUUGUCCAUUCCUUCAAGAAGCUUGAACUGUUGGUUAUGCCGGACUAUUUCUACAACUGGGCAGUCUACAACAAUAUAUCAGACCUUUCAAGAGAUGAAAAUGUCAACUUUUUGAACUUCUUGGAUUCGUGUUUAUGCAACUGCUGUUGCGAAGGUCGUCAGUUGUUCAAGGAGUACUCAAGACGUACUGCCUUCAAGGAUUUCAAAGGAAGGUUCCAAACUGAAUGGAGAUAUAACCAACCACAAGCCGUGACAAGUUACAACAAACUUAACGAUAAUCCGGACUCGUACCGUAUCUUGUUCAACUACAUGAUUCGUGAGUUGAAGAACCGCAUCCCUUUGAAACAGGUGAACACUGUUCAGUCAUCGCUUGAUUACCAUAAGUUUGUGCCAAACGUUUAUUCGAAAUACGCUGUUAUUCCAGAAGAGGACUUCUUAAAAUUGACCAAACUGAUUACCCAUGGUCUAAGAAAAGAUGUUCAAAGGCUUUUGGAUGCCUUGCCAAACUUGAAGAGAAUCAACUUUGGUGGAGUGCUGUUCAAAUGCUUCAAGAUCUCAAAGGACAAAGUUCGGGUUAAGGCGAUGUACGAUGAUUUUGAAGAGAUUUUCAACAUUGUUCAAUAGCCUGGUUUCUUGUAUGUCAAUUGACGUCUAUAACAUCGAUCUGAACGUAGUCUCUUUGUCUUGAUUAAUGGUAUCUUUGUUCUUUUACGGCACAGGUGUUGUCUCAGAAGGUGUGGCUGUUCUGGAGUAUCAGUCGAUUCUCCUUCAACUGUGUACUUAUGGGGAAUCAUUUUCCGUGAUACAGUUCUUCAAACGGAUAUCACUCGGCUGUUUCUAAUAGUUCAGACACGAACGUAUGGCUCAAGUGUGUCAACAAACCAUCGAGUUAUAACUUGCCUCGGUUUCCUUGUAAGACAUUUGACAAAUGUCUCAGAACCAAGUGCUAAAGCCAACAGGAAGGAACAGUACAUUCCAAAGAGUUGUUCAGGAAGUUCCAGCAGGAUUCUCAAAGUGUGUACAUCAUUGCUUUACACUAUGAAAUCACAUUAUUCAUUUCUAUAAAUAAAUCAACAAUAUUAAAAGAGAAAUGCCGUAAAUGAA